CACACACGGCAGCGGCCUCAGUGCUCAGCUAUUCAUUCCCAGGACGUGCCUCAUUCCCUGCAGAGCUCGGCCCAUAUAAAAGCUUUCAGCCCCGGCUCUCUGUGCUCAGGACUCCGGCUCCCUGCUCAGCCCGUCCGUUUCUGCUCGCAGGGAUGCUCCAGCAGAGAGGCGGCACCGACCACGACCUGUGCCAGCACAAGGGCUGGACACGGCCCAGCUCUGCCGGGCACUGCCACGACACCCCCGAAAUCUGCCCCAACCCCGGCAGCCUCAGCCACGACACCGAAGGCUCCAGCCAGAGCUGCCACCCCGGCCAGCUGUGCCCACCCCGGCCCUCCUGCUGCCCAGCCCCGCAGAGCUGCAAGCCCCGGCGGCGGGUGGAGGUGAGCCCGGUGCCCCCCGUGUGCCCCCCGCCCGUGAAGAUCCACCGCCGGCCGCUGGAGCAGCACCGCCCGUGCCCUCCGUGCCCGGAGCCCGACUCUGGGAAGCCUCGCAGGCGGGUGGAGCAACGACCCGAGCAGGAUGAGGAACCCCCGGUGGUCCUGCAGCCCCUGCAUCAUCGCUGCCCCUCCAUCCAGCGAUGCCCCCGGCCCGUGCCCUGCUGCCCCCGGCCCGUGCCCUGCUGCCACCGACCCUCCCAGCGCUGCUGCCCACCCAUUGUCCCCCUGCCACCUCACCCAGGCCACCAGCAGCAGAAGCAGGUCACGCUGGUGCCGCUCUGCGUGAAGAACUGAGCCCAGGGACCCCUCCCCAGCUCCCGGCUGGGCUCGGGGGGGUCGCCCCCUGCCCAAGGGAUGCUCCCAGCCCCGCUCUGGGCUCGCUGCUGCUUUUUGCACCUCAGAUUUGGGGGUGCCCUGCUUGGCCCCGGCACUGACACUUUAAAAUUUUUAAAUUCGGGGCGUCCUCCCCCUGCCGGGUUUUGUUUCUCUCCGGGGAGCAGCAGAAGGGGUUCCCCCUCCUGAGGCCACUCGGACAUGGAGGAACCACCACGGAUCUGCUCUCCAGGGCAUCAGGGUUGGUUUGGAAGCAGCUCCAGGACUUUGCAAGAAAAAAAAGGAACCACUGUAAAGGCAGGAGCAUCACAGACUCCUGCAGCUUAUCUCCUCCCCGUGUAUUCAAGAAUAAAGUUGAAAAUUAUUUAUCAAA